AUGUCUCAGUCACGCCCAUCAGAUGUAGAAAACUCCCUUAUUUUGUCCACUGUGGCAGGCUUUCAUGAAUAUUUCAGUUCUCCUCCCCCUUUCAUCGAGGGCUCCAAGUACACAAUACCUGAUGCGCUGAGCGUCGUUCCCCUUCCGCCCAACCUCGGCGGACUCAAAAUCGAGACAUUCGCCGAUAUGUACGAAAGAGUUGGGGGACUACUCGCCAAGCAAUACGAAGUCGGAACGAAAAGCUUCAAACACCAGCUGACGGAGCCAAAAGCAGAAGUAUGGAUGUCUGGUAAUAUUGCUGCCGUGCUUGUGGGUUGGUCUGCCUCAAUUGAUGACCGUGAGAAUUUCGUGCACACCCUCCAUCUUUGCACGCUCCACCGUCUGCAGGGACAAGAUUCUGCAACGAACCCGUGGCGUAUAUCAGGGCUCAUUGAUAUGCAGCAUCUGCCCCCUGAUGUACCGAUGCCAGAUAUCGAGACAGGUCCCUUGACAGAGAUUGUUGGCCUGUUUGAAACUCUGCGUGCCCGUAUUGAAGCACAAGUCUGGGAGCCAAUUGUUUCAAUGCUGCUACCAGGUGCAGGGGCCACGGUAUCGCAGGUUGCUCAACCUCCCAAGACGUUUAUGUGGUCGGAGUGGAUCGGGAAGCUACAAGCUUCCGCAAAUAGUGACAUUUUACCCCAGAGGAGAAUCCACAAUUUUGAGGCCAGGCGUUGCAUGGACCUAGCCUUUGUAUGGGCACCAUUUGUAAUUGAGACUGAAGGCCAUGAACAGGGCCGGGGAGUAAGCGUUGCUUCUUUUAGGCAGGAAGGAGGACAAUGGCUGAUCAGUGGGCUUCAGGAGUCAAGUUGGAGUUAA